UUUCGUGAGCGUCCAACUGGCGCUGGAGUUCAUCGUUGUUUUCACAAUAAAUGUUCUUGAAUGUGGUGAAAGUCAUGAUGAAAUCUGGUAACAACAGGGUUCUUGAUAAGUUGCCAUUUGGGCUAUCUUGACUUAAUCCCUUUUCGCCGUAGUCUAUAUCUUGUAAUAGGAGAGCCAGAUUCACAUACUAACUGGCUUUGAUCUUGUCCUUGAUCGCUUCUGGCACUGUGUCUAUCGGGGGCAGGCUGUCUGAAGGCACCGCUUGAUGCAUCUGGUGUGCGGUUCUGUUUACAUUCUCUUGACGCAUGGCCGGAUAAGCUCCUUCAACUCCCUGACCUCGCCUCUCAGGUUUCUAUCUGCCAUGUUGGAUACCGGAACUUCCGUCUGAUUACUGCGCAGGUCGGAGAUGGGAUGCAGAUUGUCGUUAACACUGCCAAGUGUAGCUGGAGUGUUGAUCCUUACUCCUGUCAUGCAUUCUCUGGCGUCUGGAGUCAUGAAUGAAUCAGUCUGUCCCCUCGCUGCCUGUGUCUGUGGAAUGUCAUUCCUUGUUGGCCUGUCGUUGUCAGUGGGGUUGUCUAUCAGCCGGCCACUUGCUACGUUUUCCUUGUACAGCUGUAGCAAGAAUUUUCUAGACCACGCAGCCGGAACUUAUCCCUAGUUGUUCUAGUUUGUUUGUGAGGUCAGUAGCUGUCAGAUACGGUGGGUUGGUGGCCUGAGACUGGCGAGAUGUACGAGGGGGUGGUCCGCCAUCUUGGUUGUUUACAUCGGAUUCUGCGGAAGGUAGAUUAACGCUGUUGGUCCGAGCAGAUUUCCUUGUGUGUGCAACACGUUUCCUCUUUGGAUCCGAAAUUGUCGACACGAUGGGAAGCUUUCCCGGUGAAGAAUGAUAAUGGAUGGCGUAUUCAGUGGUGGAUUCGUGAGAGAUUUUGAGAGCAUUACGCCAUGACAAUAGAAUUGACAAGGAAGACAAAGCAAAAUCUAUGGGGUUAAAAAGCCUACAGACAUAAGGUCACCGGAACCUUUCUGAGCAUGCGUAGCUGAUAAAUUAAUGCAUUGUGGGAUAUGAAGACAGUAACCUUAUACAUAACAGAAAAGCAUGGCUAAUGAUGUGACGGGAAGGGAGGAUCACGCUGUCAGUGUCAGAUGUGCCCGGGGUUUUGGAGGUUCCACUAUGACAAGCAAGAGAUAUAUCCUUAUUGUGCUGGCAUCCAUUUGCAGUAGGCCUAUCGCUGCUGUAACUACAAACUUGGCGUUACAUAAACCAACAAGCGCCAGUUCAAACUUUCAUAAAUUUUCGGAUCCUUCCCACGUCGUGGAUGGGUCUGCAUCAGGAUACAGUGGGAGCUCGGUUUGUUACUUUUCACGAGGAGAUGACAAACAGCCAUGGUGGCAGGUCGACUUGCUGAAUGUUUAUGAAAUAUCUAAACUUAAGAUCAUCAAUCGGAGUGAUCCUUGCACCGAUUGUGGAGAAGGACUUCGGGACUUUACCAUCAAAGGGUACUGCGAGGACCCCUCUGUGACGGCGAGCGCUGUGGGAGCACUGUGUUAUUAUCACCGUGAUGCGGUUCCAGUUGGAGCCGCGAGGGAAAUAACGUGCACCACCCCGCUGUCUGUUCGAUUCGUGAGGCUAGCAACGAAACAUCCCUAUUUCACUCUGUGUGAAGUUAUUGUGUUUGGUACAGGAGUUCCUUCAACUGGAGCAUGUAAAGCCAACAGGUCUGUCACAGUUACUCCUGCAGAGUCUGAAGGAAGUGAUCAUGCAAACCUGCAAGGACCAACAACAAUUUGUUUCGGGCUUAAAGCAAGGAAUCACAGAGUCCAGCAGUCAAGGCUCGAGGUCAUUGCGAUGAGUACUCUCCACUGUGCCACAGGAUGUGCCAAACGCCCCCUAUGUGUCGGCAUCAACGUCAAGGGGAGACAAUGUGAGGUGAUAGUUUCACAAACUGCGUCCAUGCUGGCGGAAGCAUCACCUGGGUGGAACUAUCUCAGACGCAUCCCUUGUUAAUCCUCACAACAGACUGACAUGGGGGACACUAUACAUGCCUAUAAGAAUACAUAGGGUAGUGUUUUCUCAUUAAAAAUAU